AUGAACAAUGUGGGAGACUCGGAGGACUCUGGGUUUUUUCAUCUGGGAAAUCAGAUUUAUGAUGAGGCAAAAUUUUACUGGAGCAACAUUGAGUCGCAGACGGUCGUCAGGCCAUUAUCGCGCAAUAAAUCCAAUGCUAUGGGAGUGGAUGGACUUACUGCAAGAUACAUGGAAGUCUGCGCUCAUUUUUCCGAUUCCAAAGGUCAAAUGCCCUACUACUUGCAACAACACAGGCCAAUUUCGAUUCUGUGUACAAUCUCUAAGGCACUCGAGCGCAUUGCGUCGGAGCAGAUAACCGGUCACCUUGAAGCCUUUGAUUUGCUGGACCCACAUCAAACAGCAUACAGAAAAGGCUUCUUCACGCAAACGACUUUAAUAAGAGUUAUGGAUGAGAUGCGGCUAACAGCUGAUCAAAGGAAAGUAACCGUUGCAGUAUUCUUCGAUUUUACCAAGGCCUUUGACAAUGUCAAUCAUCACAUACUUAUUCGUAAGCUUAAACAACUUCACUUCUCCUGUGCUUUAUUGAGAUGA